ACAGUAAAAUACAACACAACUGAAAGAAGCUUUUAGCCCUAAUCUAAUCGAAUGAGAUUGAGAUUCCAAUUUUGAACAGAAAGAAAAACCUAAUGUCUCAUCGAGACUCUGAUUCCAAGCGUCGCCAUUCUAAGUUCGAUCGAGAACCAAGUCCCAAGAGAUAUAGAAGAGAUGGUAAACAAGAAAGAGAGAGGGACAGGAACAGAGUAACCUCAGAUAGAGUAGAUCAGAGUCAGAGAAACCCACCACUGCCACAUCAUCAUUCUAGGCGAGAAUCUUUGGAUGCCGCUCCCAAGAAAUCAAAUUCGAAUGGUCAUCAUGACCCACCCAAGCAUUUCUCUCAACCACCAAGAUCUCGCUCUUAUUAUCAGCAUGAUGAACUUACUGGGCAGGUUGGACGAAGCAAUGGUCAAAGAGAAGCUGGUGAAAAGAGUAAAGAGAAUAAUGAAAGGGUGGAGCCAGGUCAAAGUAGAGAGCUAAGAGAGGAGAAAUCACAGGUGAAACUGGAUGAUAAUUUACAGAAAAGAAAUGGUUUUUCUGAAAGAAAAGAUGAUCCACCUCCUACUCUGAGGAAAAGGCGGGCAUUUAGGGAGAAGAAGAUUCCUGUGGAUUCAACAAAUGCUAAUCCACCUGCAUUGGUGGCGGUUAAGUCAAGCCAGACUGACCAUCUUCCGGAAAGGAAUGAAAGGAAGGAGGAAAGAAGCAGCAAUCCUCACCAUCUUGAUAGACCUGAGAAGCAAAUUACAGAGGACAGAGCACUUAAUAAGAGUGAAGCUAGGAGGGAUGGCUUUUCAUCAAGAGGAAGGUACGGGGGCAGUGGAGGCAUUAGCAAUUACAGGGGAAGAGAUAAAUUUAAUGGAAGACAAGGUUAUCAUCCUUUUAAGACGCGGGUUGAGAAGUGGAAACAUGAUUUGUAUCAAGAGGUUAACAAGGAUCCUAUUCCAAAGAAUGAGGAUGACCAGAUUGCGAAGUUAGAAGCACUCUUGGCUUCAUAAUAUCAAACAGAAGCAAGUAUUUGCCAAGUUAUUUGUUAAAAAAAAGAAAAAAUUCAACUCGUGGCUUGUGGGACAAUUUCCCGAGAUGAUUUACUUGAUUUACCGGUUUUAUGAUUUUUUUUUCCUCUCUGGUU